AUGGGGAAGAGGGAGGUCGAGUUGACCAAGUAUGAUGUUGGGUGGAGGAGGGUGGUGCGGAAUUUCAGCCCUUCCUGGUUCUCCGUAACAAUGGGCACGGGCAUCGUGUCGAUCCUCUUCAAAAUCAUGCCCUACAACGGUGCCUGGCUGUACUACCUCUCGCUGAUCUUCUUCUGCCUCAACAUCCUGCUGUUUGGACUCGCGCUCCUGACCUCUGUUCUUCGCUACACGCUCUACCCCGAGAUCUGGGGCGUCAUGAUCCGCGAUCCUAAUAACUCGCUUUUUCUGGGCACGCUGCCAAUGGGUUUUGCUACCAUUGUUGAGAUGUGGGUGUUUGUGUGCGUCCCGGUUUGGGGCGAUUGGGCCCGCACCGUCGCCUGGGUGCUGUGGAUGGUGGAUACGGUUGUGGCGGCGGCGGUGACGUUGAGUUUCUUUCAGCACCAGCUAACACCCCCCAGCAUGCAACAGUCCCACGCCCUCAAAUCCCUCUCCCGCUUCACCGCCGCGCAGCUCCUCCCCAUAGCAGCCACGAUCGUAGCAGCAGGCACGGGCGCCGAGGUCGCCGAGGUACUGAAGGAUUCGCAGCACGCGCUGGGCACGCUGCUGACCUGCUACGUGCUCUGGGGCAUGGGUACGCCGCUCGCUAUGGCUGUGUUGGUUAUGUACUACCAGCGGCUGGCUGUGCAUAAGAUGCCGCCGAGGGAGGUCAUCGUUAGCUGUUUUUUGCCGUUGGGUCCGCUCGGGUUUGGCGGGUAUAGCAUAAUGUACCUAGGCAAAGUGGCGCGCACCAUCCUCCCACAAACCAACACGCUCGACCCCGCCGCCGGGCCCAUCCUCUACGUCCUCGGCUGCUUCCUAGCCCUCAUCAUGUGGGGUUUCGGCCUGGUAUGGUUCUUCAUCGCGCUGGUCAGCAUCUGGCGCGCCCGCCCUUUCCCCUUCAACAUGGGCUGGUGGGGGUUUACGUUUCCACUUGGCGUGUUCGCUGCUAGCACGAUUCAGCUGGGCGAGGAGCUGGACACGAAGGUCUUUCGUGUUUUGGGCAUGAUCUUUAGUGUCGCCGUUAUCCUGCUUUGGGUCGUGGUUGCGUGUGGGACGGCUAGGGGCGCGUGGUCUGGUCGUCUGUUCUUUGCGCCGUGUUUGGCGAAUUUGAAGAGGGAGGCUGAGGAGAGCGCGGCAGAGGAGGAUGCGGAGAAACAGACGUGA